AUGGCUGUUCCUCGCUGGCUGCUCAUGGCUGUGCUCUUUCUGCUGCCCUUGGUGACACAGGUCUCGGCACAGGCUCAAGGGUGUUCUGUCGGUAACAGCAAACCCAGUGUUCCUGAAAACAACCCUCCUAACUACCUGGUGACCACCAUCCAUGUGGCUCCAGGAUACACUGUAACCAUCGAUCCCAAUUUCUCUGAUAGCAAAUACUUCACCAUCCAGGGGACUGAGCUGCAGCUGACAGAGAGUGUGGACUAUGAGAAAGUCACUGUGCUGCUGGUAAGCCUGAUCUGUGAGAACUCUGCUGGCCAGAGUGAUUCCUUGGAGAUUGUUGUCACCAUUAUCAAUGAGAAUGAUAACACCCCAGAGUUUGGGCAAAAGGAGCUCAGCAAGGUUGUCCCAGAGGAUACAAGAGUGAAUGUAACCAUUGUGGACCGUGAGGGUUUAACUGCUAUCGACGCUGACCUGGACACCAUCUACUAUGAACUCAGAACCACAGUGCAGGGCACAGAUGGUUAUUUUGCCAUAAAAGGAGUUAAUAACCCUGAAAUUUAUUUACAAAAAGCACUGGACUAUGAGAAAUUUAAAUUCACAACAUUGCUCUUGUAUGCAAGGGACAGGCCUGCGACCAGCAGUGAGACUACCAACACAGCCACUGCAACAAUAAACAUAGCUAUUGAGCAAGCUGACACCAGAGCCCCCUGGUUCCUGCCCUGUGUCCCCGUCCACAUGGACACCAACACCUGCAUCAGCAGCCCCUAUGCCGGGAGGGUCAUCAUCUACGAGAUGACGACAGAACCACUCAUCCUGAAGCCAGGACCACUCUAUGCUGUUGACCCUGACUAUGUUCUAAAUGAAAAGAUUGUGUACAGUAUUGUUGGUGGGAAUAGAGACGAUGUGUUCUCAGUGGAUGCAGACACAGGGAAUCUAACGAUGAGCAAACGAGUGACUUCCCCAGACUCCUUCCUGUUGCAAGUCAUGGCCACCCAGGUCAACAAUGUGCGGAAAUACUCUGUAGCUACCGUAGAGAUUAAGGUCAUCAAUAAAAGCCUUUCCGCACCUCGCUUUGAGAAGACCAUCUACCAUGGGAAAGUGUUUGCUGGUCUGGCCCCCAGAAGCUUUGUCUUCCAAGCUGGUGAACCUUCCACCCCCCUGAUCAUCACAGCAGUACAGGAUGAUUUCCCUGGUAAGGUCAACCCAAACAUCAGGUACUCCAUCAAAAACAGCACUGAUUUCAUAGCAACCACAGAUGGACUUAUUCUGACCAAUGCGGUGCUGCAGUCACCAGGAAAUGUAACCAUCCAGGCUCUUGGAACAGACGUGGUGAGCCUGCAGGAGGCAAGCACUGUGAUCGUGGUGGAGGUCACCCGUAACACAGCUGUGCCCCGCUCUGGUAAGAUGUACACUGCUCAGGACAUGGGUGUCCUAGGUGGUACAUUAGCUGCUCUGCUGUUGAUUGCCUUAGUCCUGCUUGGAGUGCUGGUAUGGAAAUCCAGUAAAUGGUAUACAAAACCAGUCAAAUACCUGAUGAAGAAAAAGCUCUCCAAGAAGAUCUCUGGGGGUUACCAGAAUGAAUAUUUCACAGAAGAUGAACAGACAGAUGUGAGCACCAAAGAGCAAGAGCCAUCAGAAAAGGACAGUGUCCAGCCAAAGGUGCAUGUAGUGGAGCAGCCAGUGCUUCCCCUGCCGUCUGCCAGUGCAGAAGAAACUGAAAGCAUCUCAGAGGCUUCUGUAGCUUCCAGUGCCAUCCUUGAGCAGGAAGAGAAAGAGGAAGAAGUGGAAGAAGAGCCUGGACAGGAGAAAGAAGUGAAGUCUAUCCUCAAGACAGACAGGCGUGCAUCAGGGGAUGGUUACAAAGCUGUGUGGUUUAAGGCUGAUGUGGAUCCAGAGGCUGGAGAGACUGUUGAAGUGAUUGAGAACACUGCAGCAGAUGAUGAUGAUGAUGAUGAUGAUGAUGAUGAUGAUGAUGGUGAUGAUGAUGAUGGUGAUGAUGACAGUAACCAAGAUACACAGAAGAAUGAGGAGGAGGAUGUGUAUCACACACAUGCAGAGGCAGAAGAUGACUCUUACAUGUAA